AAGGAGAAGAAAAAUAAAGAGGAGGUUUCAACUCUAAAGGAGGAGCUGACCAAGCUGAAGGCUUUUGCACUGCUGGUUGUUAGUGAGUGUCUGAGCGAGCUGCUGGAGGAGCAGAGGCGUCGCGUCAAAGAGCUGACCGCCAUCACGGACAACAUCAAGCAGGAGGUCAGUGCCGCUUACCCCAGCGCAAAGAAGGAGGAGCUCAAAUCCCUGCACCAUAAUCAGGUUUCCAUCUUCCACCAAAGCCAGAACACUAUGACAGCCCCAAGGAUGCUGUCAGAAGUUGAGUUACUGAGGAGAAGGGUCGUGGAAAUGGAGGGAAAGGACGAGGAGCUGAUACGCAUGUGGGACCAGUGUCGAGACCUGGACUGCAGACUGGCGAGGGAGACAAGCCACUGUCGUAGCUUGAAAGUUGAGGUGGAUACACUCAAUGGCAGAAUCAAUGAAUUGGACAGGAUAGAGGAGGCUUUAGGUAAGAGCAAACAAGACUGCAGUAUUUUGAUGGGCAGCUUGGAGCGAGAGAGAGAGGUUAGCAAGAUGCUGUAUGGUGAGCUUGACACUCUGAAAGUGAGGGUGAGAGAGCUGGAGGCCGUUGAGGGCCAACUGGAAAAGAGUGAGGCGGUGAUUAGGCAGGACCUGGCCAAGCUCAGGUCACUGACUGUAGCUUUGGUGGAGGACAGAAAGAACAUGGCCGAGAGGCUUCAACAGGCUGAGGAAAAACUCAACAGGAAGGAGGGCAAAAGAAAUGAGCAAAGCAAUUUGGCAACAAUAACAGAAAGACUGAGAGAGGAGAGGCACCAGGCACUGAGGUCUAAGGCAGAUUUAGAGGAAAGGAUUAAAGGCAUAGCAAAGGAAAAACAUGAGCUCCAAGAGAGACUAAAAACAGAGGAGGAGAGGAGCAGAGAGCUACAGAGUAAAAUAACCAUCAUGAGAAAAAGGUUACAAAUCUUGGAAAACAGGAAAGAAAAAGAGGAGAAGUACACACAUAGCUCUUAUCCAAACAAUGCUAACCAUCAGUGCGCCAAGAGAGAGAAACAAACAAAGAACUCGAACGAAUGGGCAGCCAGAGGCUACAGGACAAGGAGGGCGGAGGAAGGUGGGAGACUGGUGAAGGUGGAAGAGGACUUUGAGUCCCUGCAAAAGAGGUUCAAAGAUGAGCAGAAGAGGUCCCAGGCACUAACAGAAGAGCUAGAAGUGGCAAAGAGAGAGCUUUCCAGGUAUGAGCAGGCAGAGAAGCAGGAGGUCAACCAGGAACAUCUCCUCCUUUGCCGUCUUCAGAAGGAGCAGGUUAAGUCCAGACUAUUAGGCAGAGAGGUAGAUACCCUGAAGGAGAAACUCCAGAAGCUGAUGGGGACUGAGGAGUCCAUCUGCAGGGUUCAGGCAGAUCACUCCACGCUGCAGAGGAAACUGACCCAGCAGGAAGCCAGUAACAGAGAGCUGGCCAGAGAGAUGAAGGAACUGAGUAGUGCGCUAGACAGGCAGAGACAAAUCAAGAAUCUUACACCUGGUGCUAACAGACAACACUUUUCAGACCUCCAUCAGACCACCAAAGAGGUUCAGACUGAGCCAACAGACAGCCUGCCGCCUGACUACAGCGAUAAACUAGAUGAAGAAAACAAGGACGAGGACCCAAACCAAAAUACAGAAAUCAUAAACAGAAGCUCUCUUGUCAACAACCUUAACAGCUUGAACUGUGCAAAUAACAACAUAUGCCAAUAUAGCAGCCAUUCAGCCAAUAGCAUAGAUAUGCACCAAACGGUUAAUGGAGAGGUGAUGAUGUUAACACACACACCAGGGCAGCCCUUGCACAUCAAAGUAACACCACAUCAUGUACUCAACACAGCCACACUCGAGAUUAGCAGCCCAACUGGAGACGCAACUACAUCCUACACCAGCACAGCGGUCAUUCCAACAAGCGGAGCCUCAUCUAAACAGAGAAUAACCAUCAUCCAGAACUCCGCUCUGUCCGUGGUUAAUACCACAACCCCACCUUCGAGCCCUGACCGCACCGUCUCCCCACUUGACAGUACAUCAAUUUCUCGGGUGUUAAGUCCAAAUUCAUCGCGCUCAGCGACACCCGAUCACAGCAACUCCCCCAUUCAGAUCGUAACAGUCAGGACCGGUUCUCCAGAGCCAACCGAGGCUGCAAAUCAGACUGUCUUCUGCAAGACAGCGGUGCGGCAGAAUAGCUGGCAACAUCAGAGGUCCAAGAGCACCGACACAGGCCCAAGUAUCAUUGCCACAGAGGAUAACAAGAUUCAUAUCCAUGUGGGGAGCCCAUAUAUCCAGUCUCUUAAUAGUAUGGCCCACAGCGUCCCACAGCCUGUUGGGCCAUACUAUCUCCGACAUGAACAAAGGACUCAAGUGCUCGCCAAUGACUAUCAUGUCAAAGGUGUUGGCAAGAUUACAAGUAGCAUCACUAUAUCCCCAGCUACCUCCUCAGCUUCACAUUCCCCAAAUAUAAUAGUGAGUGGCCUUUGUGAUUAGGUGAAAAUGUAUAUUCUGAACAAACAGUAUUAUGUAUUAUGAACUAGAUGCUUUGUGGUAUUUGUCCUAACAGAGCCUAUGUAAACCCUACUCUGUCUAGUUAAUGUGUCCUUAGACUUACUGACUUGAAAAAUCCUUUAUAGACUGUAUCGCGUGUGUGUGUAGUGCCUGUAUGAGAGCUAAGUGAGACAUCAUCGCAACCAAAUGUUUGACGUGCUUUUACAAUUAUCUGUUUCAUUCAUGUUUUUUCUUACUGUUCAUUAAAAGUGUUUGUGUUGAUUUUAA